ACUUUCCCAAAAGGAGAAAGAAACUAAUAAAAAACCAAAAAUACCUCAUUGAGUCAUUACCUCUUUUAGCUCCUUUUGCAUCGAUCCUCCUUUGAUCAUUUCUCAUACCCUUUCUACUUCUUACUGAUUCUAUUCUAUAUUCUAAAUUCUUUCAAGAGAAACAUAAAUCUAAUCUUUCCUAAGUAAAAACAUUCCAACAAGAAAAACUUCACAACUUCAUACUCAAAUACAAGAAAAAAACCAAAACACACUUCAAAUCUUUGCCUUAUUCCACAUUUUUUUCGAAUCAUGAAUCGCAUGAGCCGCGUAAAAGAAGAGUAUGCUGGAGCUAGUUCAUCAUCAUCAUCAUACUCGUCGUUAGAUCUCGCAGCACCUCAACCAAUGGAGGGACUUCACGAUGGCGGUCCUCCGCCUUUUCUUACGAAAACAUAUGAUCUUGUUGAGGAUAUAAACACAAAUAAUAUAGUUUCUUGGAGUGGAGGUAACAAUAGCUUUAUUGUUUGGGAUUCACAGGCUUUUUCCAUCACUCUUUUGCCUAGAUACUUCAAGCAUAAUAAUUUCUCAAGCUUUGUUAGGCAGCUUAAUACAUAUGGGUUUAGAAAGGUUGAUCCAGAUAGAUGGGAGUUUGCAAAUGAAGGGUUUCUAAGAGGGAAAAAACAUCUCCUCAAGAAUAUCAGAAGAAGGAGAAAAACUCAACAACCUCAUCAAGUUUCUCAAGAAUCUCUAGAUCCUUGUGUUGAGCUUGGAAGAUUUGGAUUCGACGCGGAAAUGGACCGAUUAAGGCGAGAUAAACAAGUUUUAUUAAUGGAAAUAGUGAAGCUUAGAAAGCAACAACAGACUACUAAAGCUGGUGUUCAACUAAUGGAACAUAGACUUAAAAGGACAGAAUCAAAGCAGCAACAAAUGGUGAAAUUCUUGGCUAGAGCCAUGCAAAAUCCAAAUUUUGUUUACAAAAUGGCUCAAAAAAAGGACAAGGAGCUAGAAGAUGCAAUUAGUAAAAAAAGGAGGCGGCCUAUAGAUCAAUCAGGGCCUAGUAGUUGUGUUCAAGUUGAUCAAGAAUUUGAAAAUUUUGUGAAAAUUGAACCUGAUGAGGAAUUUGGUGAUCUUUCGGAAUUCGAAGUUCCGGAGGUGGAAGGUGAUGAACAUACAUGCAAAGUUAUUAAAGAACUUGAUGAAGAUGGUUUUUGGGAUGAUUUAUGGAAUGAAGGGAAUGGGGAAGAAAUGGAUUUGUUGGGUGGUGAUGUGGAAGAUGUAGAUGUGUUGGUAGAACAGCUUGGUUACUUGGGUUCUACUCCAAAGUAAAAAAAAAAUUAAGUUUUUCUCAUCUAUUAAAUUUUUGAGUGAAUUGAUUAUUUUAUCAUGAUAUCCGAGUUUUUAUGAUUUGGACGGAAGAUCUAGAAUUUGAUCUUUCAAAAUUUCAUUUGAUAAUGUUUUGCACAAGAUAUCAUUAUAUAUUUACUAUAAUAAAGUUUAACUGCAAAUAAUUUGAAUAUUUGACAAGAAAA